AUGGAGGAUAAAAAGAAGACGAGUUUCACGUUUGAGAUAAAUAACUUCUCUGAGAAGGAAGCUAAGAUAUCAUCACCAAAAUUCUCAAGCGGCGGCUGCGAAUGGGUUGUUAAGGUUUAUCCCAAAGGAAAAUAUAUUGAAGAUCACUUGUCACUGUACCUCUGUGUUGCUAAUCCUGAAUCAUUGAGACUCGGAUGGAAAAGACGAGCUAUUUAUUCCCUCGUUUUGUUGAAUCAAUCAGGCAAAGAGCUCUUCAGAACAGAUGAUUCGGUGUGCCACUUGUUCUGCGCUCAGUUCCCAUCAUGGGGUAGGAAAAAAGCCGUGCCUCUUAAAAAGCUACAAGAAAAAGGGUUUCUAGAGAAUAACAAACUGAGAGUUAAAGUGGAAGUUAGAGUAGUUGAAGUUGUUGAUGAAGGAGUUGUCACUGGGAAUGAGAUGUUAGAGGUCAGGGGUUUCAAAGUGCUUUAUUCUCAGGUGGUUUCUGUGAAUAGGCUUUUCACUCAACACCCGGACAUUGCAGUGAAUUUCAGACCUAAAAACCAAUUGGUGAAGACAACAUACAUGAACGUCCUUCUCGGUCUCAUAGAGACAGUGGACAGACCUCCACAUAGCAUCACCGACAGUGAGCUUAGCAACGUUCAGAGUGAGUUAUUCGAUCUAACAGAAGCAGCGGGCUUCAAGCUAGACUGGUUAAAGAAAAAGCUUAAUGAGAUUUCCUUGGAGAGGAAGAAAGCAAAUGCUGAUCGUACCCGUGUGCAAGAACUCGAGAAACACAUCAAGAAAGUUGAAGCUGGCCUGAAAAGGGAGAAGACCAAAUCUUCUACUUCUGCUGCUAAAGUUCUGUCGUUGGAGCAGACGGUGUCGGAACUUAAAGAUGAGCUGAACAAGGAGAAGAGCAAAGUGUUGUGUUAG